UACUCGGACUACUCGGACUACUCGGACUACUCGGACUACUCGGACUACUCGGACUACUCGGACUACUCGGACUACUCGGACUACUCGGACUACUCGGACUACUCGGACUACUCGGACUACUCGGACUACUCGGACUACUCGGACUACUCGGACUACUCGGACUACUCGGACUACUCGGACUACUCGGACUACUCGGACUACUCGGACUACUCGGACUACUCGGACUACUCGGACUACUCGGACUACUCGGACUACUCGGACUACUCGGACUACUCGGACUACUCGGACUACUCGGACUACUCGGACUACUCGGACUACUCGGACUACUCGGACUACUCGGACUACUCGGACUACUCGGACUACUCGGACUACUCGGACUACUCGGACUACUCGGACUACUCGGACUACUCGGACUACUCGGACUACUCGGACUACUCGGACUACUCGGACUACUCGGACUACUCGGACUACUCGGACUACUCGGACUACUCGGACUACUCGGACUACUCGGACUACUCGGACUACUCGGACUACUCGGACUACUCGGACUACUCGGACUACUCGGACUACUCGGACUACUCGGACUACUCGGACUACUCGGACUACUCGGACUACUCGGACUACUCGGACUACUCGGACUACUCGGACUACUCGGACUACUCGGACUACUCGGACUACUCGGACUACUCGGACUACUCGGACUACUCGGACUACUCGGACUACUCGGACUACUCGGACUACUCGGACUACUCGGACUACUCGGACUACUCGGACUACUCGGACUACUCGGACUACUCGGACUACUCGGACUACUCGGACUACUCGGACUACUCGGACUACUCGGACUACUCGGACUACUCGGACUACUCGGACUACUCGGACUACUCGGACUACUCGGACUACUCGGACUACUCGGACUACUCGGACUACUCGGACUACUCGGACUACUCGGACUACUCGGACUACUCGGACUACUCGGACUACUCGGACUACUCGGACUACUCGGACUACUCGGACUACUCGGACUAC